UAAAACAAAUUAUCGAAAAAUAACAAGAACCACCGCAAGUAGACUAUAAUUUGGGCUCAAAACCCGGCAAAAAAUGCAAAAAUUAAUCAGCAGUAUCUAGAUCGGGCAAUGAAAGUGUAGACUAUACAAAGUCAUUGAUAAUACCUAAUUUCAUUCAUGCAUUUCGACGUUAUUGAUCCAAACAAACAUCUGACAUUUCUUUGAGGAAAUCUAGCAACCGAUGACCUACUCCACUAGCCACUAGCCCGAGUGUUUACAAAUUUGUGUAGACAUGGCCGACUGUUCUUGCCAGCGAGAUUCAGAAAUGUUCGGCGAAAUGAUCGUGUAAAAGCCAAGUGAAAUGGCUGAUAAUGAGGGAAAUUGCCAGUGCAGUGACCGAUUUAGUGAAACAGUGAGACCAGGACGUUAAACUGUCUGUGUGCUUUAAGUGGGCUCGCAAACAGCUUCCGCUAUCAGUAUGGAGCCAGAGUCGUAUGACUCGAAGGAACAACCCCACCUUACCAUACCAGUACCCAAGAAGGAGCGGAAAUUCACUGCUUUGGAUCUAACAGAUCAGUCAUUGACCACCAACCCUCAGCCCGUUUUGGUGGUGCAAAGCCCCAAAACUCCCACCCUAUCCAGAAAACUGAAAGCCGUCAGUUUGGACAGUGAGCCCCAACCCCAGAGCAAUACUUUGGAGGUUUUUCGAGAUGUAUUCUCAAUGCCAAACACGCCGAAGAAACAAAUCAAACAAAAACUGUCGUGCGACUUCAAUGAUGGCCCGCCGAAAAGCACGCUGGCGCCCAGUUUUAGCUCCAACUUGAAAAAGUUCGCGUCGAACAACAGCAUCAGUGGCUCGCAAACCCUGAAGACUUUGCCCGAGGUGAACGCAUUGCAAGAUUUUUCCGAUUGCCCCAAUCCAGAACCGCAGAAAGUUCGCACUAAAGGACUGUUGGAACGACGCGGUUCUAAUGCCAGUUUGACGAUUGAUUUGGGUUCCACCCAAAACAUUGGCGAAGUGAAACCAGUGCCAUUCAAUAGACUGAAUACGGCCAAAAGUGUGUCGAACUUGUAUCUGAGCUCACUAGCUGGGGGAGAUAACUGUGCCUGUGUGAAGCGGGCUGUGGAAGUUACCACUAAGGUCAGUAAUGAGAGGCGCAAGUCCCAAGAGGCGUGCGGCAAUUGCACGAUAUACGAGUCGGAGUUGAAAAUGAGUACCUGUAAAGCACGAUGCCAAAACCUGAAGAGGUGCCACGGAUGUCCAAAGUCGCGUCGAAAGUCCCUUUCCAAUGAAAACCUCUAUGUGCCACCAUGCGGGUUUUGCGAGCUGGAAAGCAAAGAAUGCGCCGAAUUAAGGACCUGCAAAGGCAGCAAUCGCAAGGCAGUGUUCCCUAGACAGCCGGACUUGGACUCAUCGCAACUACUUUCCGAUGACUUCAAGUUGCAUUUACAGAACAUCCAGUAUCUUCAAACUGCUGGCAAACCAAUGUCGGUUGAAGAGCUGAGGCAGUCAUGUGAUAUGACCAGAAUACCAAAGAUGCAGCAAGAGUUCUGGGAAGUGCCGUUGAACCUGCAGGAAAAAUGCUACGUUUCGGGCAGUCAAAGCAAAAACCGAUAUCGAGGCGUGUUGCCCAAUGAACAUAGCCGGGUGCUGCUUCCAAAUAGCGGCGGAUAUAUUCAUGCCAACUACAUAAAGGGCCCAGAUUACACUGAAACAGCUUACAUAGCCACUCAAGGGCCGUUGCAGCACACUUGCAUAGACUUCUGGGAAAUGGUGUGGCACUCACAGUGCAAAUGCAUAGUAAUGUUGACCGGUUUGGUAGAAAAAGCCCGCAACAAAUGCGAGCUUUACUUUCCAUUGGGCAAAAAGUCCAGCCUAAAGGAGAAAACCUUCUUUUACGUAAAAACAUCCAAAGUGCGCGACAAAUUCACCUUCGACUGUUCGAGUAAUUCUAAUGGCUUUGAUGUCGAAACCUAUGAAUUCGAGGAGAAAAACGAAGUCAUAUUCGGCAAAUAUCGCAUAACUUACGUGAAACAGCGAGAGCUGGACGACUGCCAAAUCAGGCAAUUACAGCUGAGGAAGACCGAUCUCAAUGUGGAGCCGAGAGUGAUUUUUCAUUAUUGGCUUGCUAAUUGGCCGGACCAUCAGAAGACCAGUUCUGAACAAGUCUUGAAAACCGCGGUCGAUGUUUUGGACUGUUUGGAUGGCAUUAAAGUCGACAUAUCAGAAUCUCUAAGUACCAAAUCGAAGGAACACGAAGUACAACAUUUUGAUCUCAAAGGCCCGGAAUCACCGGACAAGAAUACGGACGCCGAGUGCAGCAGCAAUGAAACGAAUUAUUCGAGUAACCCUAGUCAAAGCAGAGACACUGGGAAGCCGAAUUUCAGUUUUGACUUGUUUAGCAGUGAAAAUGGCACAACAGUCGCACACAAUGUUACCACAGAGUGUCACAAGGAGACGCAAUCCGCCACCACGUUUACUUUUACUGUGAAUUGUAAUAGUAUUAAUCAGCAUUUUACCUCCGAGUCCAUGCAGUGCGAAGGAGCCCAAUCGAACUGUGCGUUCAGCUUCAGUGAGGUGAAGAUGAGUGAUAGUGAGUCAACAUUUCAGGAAUCUGUGGGUGCAAAGCAACGAGAGCGAAGUAAAAUCGCCUCAAAGCAAAUGAAGACUAAGAAAAGUUCGGUGUCGGAUUUUAACAAGGAAGUGUUGACAAACCGAUGCAGCUUAGAUUCGAAGCUGCAGCAUUUGAAUAAAAUGGCAGAUUUCAAGUCGCAUUUUAAGCCGGACGUUUGCAUGAAGGCCUUAAAGACGAAACACGUGGGCUUUGAGCGGAAAAGAUCUGCAGAAAAUAUUCGAUUGCCCUUAAUAUGCCAUUGUAGCGCCGGUAUAGGCCGGACCGGUUGUUUUCUGGCCAUAUUAAACGGUAUUCAACAGCUGCGAAUGAACAACUCUGUAGAUGUACUAGCAAUAUUGUGUUCAUUAAGACUAAAUAGGGGCGGUAUGGUGCAAACGGCCGAACAAUACGAAUUGAUUCACAGAGUAUUGAGCCUUUACAGUAAAUCGAUGUGAGAUUAGUGAUAAAUAAUUUUCAUAUUUGUUGAUUUUUGUCAUCAGUAGUUGUACAUAUAUUUUUAUGAUAGUUUAUUAUUAAUUAAGCCAUUCGACGUUUGCUCUUUAGUUGAACUAACAGCAUUUCGCCGCAAAUGAAACCUGCUGUAAUUGACCUUUCUGUGGCUCUGUUUAAUACAUUAACAAUAUGACAAUUACCUAUCCAAAGUUAUUGGGGAUGUGCUCAAUUCAGAAAGUAAUAAAUUAUUUUGUUUCCUA